AUGCCACACACCUCCCGGAAAAAGCGCGCCCCGGCCCCGGCCCAGAAACGCCUCCAAGUCACCGACGACGACGGUUGGACGCACGUCACCUCCAGCACCAACGUGCGGCGCGUGAUCCGCGGCACACGCAAGGGCAGCGAGCAGGUCUCCCAGCCCAGUGCGCAAGGUGACCAGGACUCCAACGCCGAGCGCGAGGCCGAGGGUGAGGCCGAGCUGGUGCUCGGCCCUGCGGAGGCCCCGGGGCGAUUGACGCUGGCGGAGUUGCAGGCGCAGUACCGCGGGCAUCGUGAGCGGUGGGAGGGCUCGAAGACGUGGGCGCAGUUGAAGGGGCAGCUGGUCGAGCAAAUUGCGGACCGCGGGAUUGGACCGGGAGCAUCUCGACAGUCUGGAAUGGAUGAGGGACCGGUGCGCGGGCCCGUAGACGCGAUCGUGUGCGUUGGACUCGGUAGUCCGAGCGGGUUCCUGCGUGGUGGGUGGGUGGAUCGGCGGAGUGUGUCCAUGUACCAGCUUGCGGCGCUGGAGUGUAUCGCAGAGCGGCUAUCUCGUUCGUGUUGCCCUUCCCCGUUCCUCCGUUUCUCUCCAACAACUAACCAAACCACAUCUACAGGCCCGGACAACUCCCUCCCCCUUUCCUUCCCCAUCUACGCCCAAGACCCCGUCUUCAACACCCUCGACACAGCCCUCCUCGCCUCCCUCGGCAUAACAGUUGUCGCUCACCCAGCCGCCUUCUCCCUUAUCACCCCUAGAACCCUCCUCUUCUGCCCCGGUGCCGAGCGCAAGCACCUCGAGCAGCUGCUGCCGUCGGAUCCGUGCAUGGUAUUCGGCGGGCCGUUGGAGAAUACCGAGUCGGAGGUCAUCCAGGGCUUUGCGGGGCAGGUAGGGUCGUGUGCGCUGGUCCCGUUUGAGGCGAAUGAGCAUGCGUUCUGGCAGACCAGACUUUAUUAUCGGGCGAGGGUGGAGGUGAAUGUUGGCGUUGAGGCUUGA